UCCUUGCCGCUCGGGGUCGUGGCCUUGCUCCUGCGGGUCGAGGGAAGUGUCCCGGGUGGUUCCAGGUGCGCGUGGCGCCCGCCCCCGGAGAGCUCGGGGAUCCGCGCUAAAGGACUCUGCCCGAGACAGGAGAAGCGGGAGCCAUGGGCGGGACCGCCAGCACCCGCCGGGUCACCUUCGAGGCGGACGAGAACGAGAACAUCACCGUGGUGAAGGGCAUCCGGCUUUCAGAAAAUGUGAUUGAUCGAAUGAAGGAAUCCUCUCCAUCAGGUUUGAAGUCUCAGCGGCAUUCCAGUAUCUAUGGUGCUUCAGUUUCUGAUGAUGAAUUGAAAAGAAGAGUUGCUGAGGAGCUGGCCUUGGAGCAAGCCAAAAAGGAGACGGAAAGUCAAAGGCGCCUAAAACAAGCCAAGGACCUGGAACGAGAUAGGGCUGCAGCCAACGAGCAGUUAACCAGAGCCAUCCUUCGGGAACGGAUAUCCAGUGAGGAAGAGCGCUCCAAGGCAAAGCAUCUGGAUAUUGAAGACAAAGCGAGGCAACUGGAAGAGAAAGACCGGAUGAUCAAAAAACAGGACGCAUUCUACAAGGAGCAGCUGGCUAGACUGGAGGAGAGGAGCUCAGAGUUCUACAAAGUCACCACCGAGCAGUAUCAGAAAGCUGCUGAAGAGGUAGAGGCAAAGUUCAAGAGAUUUCAGUAUCAUCCGGUCUGUGCGGAUCUGCAGGCCAAAAUCCUCCAGUGUUACCGCCAGAACACCCACCAGACCCUCAGCUGCUCUGCUCUGGCCAGCCAGUACAUGCACUGCGUCAACCAUGCCAAGCAGAGCAUGCUGGAGAAGGGAGGAUAAAGUGAACAUUCAAUACACAAAACUCCUUCCACGUUCAUUCCAGAGAUGGAACAUUUUCUUUCCUCUUAAGAAAGUAACCCAGUGAAAGCGAAGACCACUGAACACAAGCACCAGAGAGUGGACACGACAGGAUCGAAUCACGUUGAAAUCAGCAACAGCGGGAAAAGCCAAAGGCCAGCCCAGGAGCAGCCCUCACGGACAAGGCUGGGGUGCCGCGCCCCGCCCGCCAUGAGAGCAGAGAAGGACCAGCCCUCUGUCCAACCCGCACUGUCCCCCCAAUCCCCUCUAACAAAGCCAGGGGUGGGUGGGGAGACUAACUUAUUUCUAAUGAAGGAACAAGAAAAAGCACAGCUUCGGGUGGGGGCAACCGUACUGAGUGGAAUUGUCUAGGCUGUGGCUUUUUUUUCUUUGAUUAUAUAAGAUCAACUUCAUUUUAACUUAUUAUGGUGAUCAUGCAAGUGAGAAGAAAAGAAGGAGAGAAAAUGUACCUUUUCCUGGAAUAAUGUUUAUGAUUACAAGAAAGAGAAGGCACUUUUGUCAAUAUAAAGACAACCUUGGCUUAUGCAACCUCUGUACUGAAUACUGACAGCUUCACUCACUAUCAGUAAUAAAUCUAUUUUCUGACAAAGA